UACGUUCACGGCUAGUUGUGCUUUGGCAGUCUGUCGAGACACAGAGCGUUCAAACAUUAAGUAACUGGAACAUAUCCGUUGUCAUAAUGAUUUACGCAAACCUGAUGUUCUUGACGUGUGUGUCGCUGGCAGUUGGACAGAAUCUAGUCCUAAUCGGAGGUAACCUUCGUAAUAACAACCUGCCCGUUUGGAACAUGAUGGUCGAGCUGGCUGGUGGGCCUGGUGUGGCUAGAAUCGGAGUUAUUUCAGCUUCUAAUUCAAACACAACUGAAGGUGAUAGAGUGAUUAACAACUUCGUACGCCUCUACGGGGCCAAUGCUAUCGAGAUUGCAGUGAACGAGUCUCUGGCUAACAACAUCCUAGUGGCGAACCUGGUCCAGAAACAGACGGGCAUCUUCAUCGUGGAAGAUUCCGAAGACAAAGCUGCCAAUUUCUGGGACAGGUUCACUUCAUUAGUGCGUCCUAAUGAUACACCUGUUCGACCACCCAACGACGUCGUCUGCUACGAAAGUGCCAGUUACAAGCGACAGAAUCUUAUCGACACGCUCCGUCCGUCUGGGAUGGAUUCUCUGGUGUUGACGGCCAUCAGGAAAGUUCUCAACAACGGAGGCAUGGUGGCUGGCAAUGCAGCCGUGAUGAGCAAAUCUGCUGUGAUCCUCGGUGGCGAUUCAGUUGCUGCCCUUUUAACUGGAACGCUCUUCAUCUCUUCGCCCCGCGUUCCAUUCUCGUUCAGAAAGGCUGGAGGCCUGGCUCUCAUCGACACUGAUUAUGUUUUCGACAGUCAACUGAGUGAGAAAGGUCGUGAAGUACGGCUUAUUCGCACACUGUUGGACAGCAACGUAUCGCGAGGUUUGGGCAUCGAUGAGAACACGGCGGUCAUCGUCAGCAAUCCUCUAUUGCAGCCUGUCGGCAAGGUACUGACUGAGAUGGGUGCAACAAGUGGUGCAUUUUAUGUCGAUGUUUCUAACGUCCCUGUUGGCGCAGGGGCAGCAGCUUCGUACGACAAUGUCGAUUUUUCUUUUUUCACCAUCGAUGAUUCUUUCGAUUUCACUGCAGGUAAAGCAAUUUAUCCAACUUGGAAGAAGGAAAUAUUCGGUCAAGAACAGUUCAAUAAAGCUGUGCCGUCUGACGAUAUUCUGUCACUUGCUUUGCCGGCUCAAUGGCGCCAGACAGCUGUUGGGCUCAUUAACAGUAACGAGAUGAGUGUGACUAGUUACUCGGCGCCAUCGAUUGUGCCCUUGAUUCCCGGCGUCCAGGUUGUCUUCGAUCGCACACGAGCCGUCGGGCUUCGAGCCCGUCUGCCCGGUAAUUCCAAUGCUUCUUUAGUCUCUUUUCAAGGAAUGUCCGCUUCUAUCAAGGUGCUCAGAAUAUUGGACUAAUUCAGUAACAUUCCUGUACAUAAGUGCAUUAGCUCUAUUUCAUUUUCUUCCGACUAGUGAUAUUUUUCCCCCUAAUUUUAUCUUGUAUUUUUAAAAAACGAAAGCAAUAAAGUCAAUGUCCCAUA